UUUAAUUAUGGAUUUUUAGUAACCAAACCUAUGCGCUUAUGUAGAUGGAUGUGUAAAAGUAUGUAUAUAAAUGUAUACUCUCCUUAACUCGCAUGCAAUGAUGAAGCAAUGGUGCAAAAUAUACAGCAAUCAAAUGCCAAUUUCUUAGCCAUACAAAAUUUCUCAGUUCACUCAGUGUCGAACCAAUGCACUAUUUUAAGUGCUCAUCAUAAAAAACAAACAGGCACCAACCACACAUGCCACGCUUUCUCUUCACUUAUUCACCACACACAAAAUACAAUUUCUUGAAAAAAAAACAAAAUCUGAGUCGCAAAAUGAAAUUUUUGUCAUUCAAUAUUUUUUUGCUUUCAUGUUAAUCAAAAUCAUGAAUCAAAAUCAUAAAAAGGUUAUAAAAAACAAUUCAUUUUCUCUCCGGUUUCCAACAAAAAUUUCUUGUUCUAUUAAAUACAAUAUAAAUUAUAGAAAAUUGCAAAAAUUUUCGUCCAAAAAUUUAAGGUGAACGCGUUGUUGAUAAACCAUUAAAAAAAAUUUUGCAAAAUGCUUGUCACCACCUACCAACACGACUAUGUGCCUCCCCACACUAGGCGUUAUGAAUUCGUUAAGAAACAAGAUAAAGCGAUAAAGGCGAAAGAGGAAUGCCAAUGUAUUGAUACAGCUAAAAUUGAGGUGCCAAAAGAAGCAAAGGAAAAAUGUGAAAGCGGUGCCGAAUGGACGGGUAUCGCGCCAAUGGGCCGCCUCAUCGACCCACGCAUCAUACCCACAAAACUGGCGCCCGAUCAAGCUGAUAACCUUGCAAAAGAUCCGGAUACUGACUGCUUCAAAGCGCAACCUAAUCGUUUUUUGCAGAUCCUACGCACCGCGUAUCCAGACCUCUAUGAUCGACUGAAACAGAUGCCCAAAGAUGAAUUGAAUAGGCGGCUGGAGCGCCAACGACUUUUCACCACAUAUCAAAUUGAUUAUUGCGACAUGAAUGAAUAUCCCGAGGGUAUCUAUGAGAGUCUCAAAGAGGAGGACGAUACAGCUAAGCUCAAUGCCACAAAAUUGUUGCAUAAGGAGGACGCUUGCGAUGUGUUCCGCGCUAAUGUAAUGAAGGAAUUAGAUAAUCAAACGCGCAAUCCUACCAUUACAGAUCCAUGUGAGCAUGCGUACAAACCAUUCAAGAUCUCCUUCACCGACAGUGCACGAUUCAUCAAUAGUGGCAACAACUCACACUGGCGCAGUAAAGCUUUCGUUACACGCAACAAUUUCUCCGAGUAUAUGGAAACAAUAAGCCGUAAUGGCUGUGUUAUACUAAAAAAUAAUUUACAUGAUCAUAGCAAAUGUGGUACUAACGGGAAACAUUGUCGUCAUCAGCUGCUGAAUGCGUGCAUAAAUAAUGUACGAUAGGCUGGAUCAUAAUUCAAUGAUAAAAGGUCCCUUAGGAAGGCAUUGUGUGUGCAUUCGUGAGUGUGUGCAAAGCUUUUGUAAGGGAGUUAAGGGAGUGUCAAAAUUCGAAUGUCGCUAGUGAGCAAACCUUGAAUUAUUGAAUCAUGAGGCCGGAUGGGGUUGCGGAUUGGGAAAGUUUAUUUAAAUUUGUUAUUUUUGUUAGUGUCAAAUGUUGCCAGUGAAAAUAGUUUAGAUUGUAGUUAAGUACUCGGAGCAUAAUAUAUUCGUUUGCGAAUUUGAAUUUUACACGCUAUGUUUGUAAAUUGCUAUCAAAUUUUUAACACUACUCGGAGCAAUUGUUAUGGCACAAAAUAUAUUCUAGUAAUUAAUUUUAAUCUUUCAAUACUAAUCAUGCAAAAAAGUAAAAUGAUAAUCUAGCCUUGAGAAAAAGGAAUAAUUUUAAACGUAAAUAAAUUUAUAGUAAUAAUUUUUCCGUCAUCAAGCAUUUGUAAUUAAGAAUUAACAAUAAUAUUACUACACAGAAAUCGAUAAAAGAUAUAUUAUAAAAUAUUUAUAAGUGCGUUUAAGUUAUAAUAUACAUCUGAGUGUCAUCGUAAAUUACGUUUUUUUUUCUACAAUGCAAUUUUUGACUGAUUCCUGCCGAAUGUCGUAAACUCAAAAAGGGAUUUCGAAUUGAAUUUUAUUUGAUCACGAAAGCCGUUAAUUGGGUCACUCCAGCAACACUCCCCGAAAGUCUUUGGGGAAUUUGUAUGCUGGAGUGACAGUCUUUGGCCAGAUAUAAGUCUGGCUCGUUCCGGUUACGUAGACUCGACUGUCGUGGGAACGAAGCCUGCUGAAGUAUUUAUACAUUGUUUACGUCAGAACUCCGAUGGCCGCAUUUACGGAGCAAGAGUUUGUAUAGGUAGUGAUUGUCUCUCGGUGAAUGUCGUUUCUGGCUUGUCUCUACAACGGCAGGUCCACCGGGU